AUGCGUCUCCUGAAAAUUUUGCCCAACAGAGACUUCUGCCUGACCGAAAGGCUACCCGACAACGCGAUCCUUCAGUAUGCUAUUCUCUCACACACAUGGGGAGAUGAGGGUCAGGAGGUCACGUUUGAAGAUAUGGACAAAGGCUCCGGGCGAGACAAGGCUGGAUAUGAGAAGCUUCGCUUCUGUGGAGAACAGGCCAGACUGGAUGGCUUGGAAUACUUCUGGGUGGACACCUGUUGUAUCAACAAGAAAGACAUGGCCGAGCUUUCGCACGCUAUCAGAUCUAUGUUUCGCUGGUACCGUAACGCAGCUCGAUGCUAUGUCUAUCUAUCAGAUGUUUCAACAAACAAGAGGAGACGAGGAGACAGGGGCACAAGGGAGACAUGGGAACACGCCUUUCGGGAAAGCAAAUGGUUCACUCGCGGCUGGACUCUUCAAGAACUUCUCGCCCCAAGCUCGGUAGAAUUCUUCUCACAGCAACGCAAGCGACUUGGCGAUAAAAAAUCUAUGGCACAACAGAUUCAUGAGAUAACGGGUAUUCCUAAGUCAGCGUUUCAAGGGGCCCCUUUAACUCGGUUCAAACGAAAAGAGCGAUUUUCGUGGAUGAACCAUCGCCAGACCAAGCUCGAAGAAGACAAAGCGUAUUCUCUACUCGGAGUUUUCGACGUUGACAUGCACCUUCGUUACGGCGAAGGGAUAGCGAGUGCAUUUAAACGGCUUGAUGAGGAGAUCGACAAAGUAGAGAAAUGCAUCCAAGAGUUACGCCCUACCGAUCCCCAUGACGAUAAGAAGCGAAUUGAGGACACCAAGGGUGGCUUGCUCGAGGAUUCAUUCGUACCGCUGGGUCCUGGAGAACUCCGAGUUUAA